GAAACUGGGCCAAGCCCAUAAACGAACGACACACUUCGAUUUUCUUUCUUCCUCUUCCACCUUAUUCUCACUACAUUCUGCAAUCAACAAUGGAAGAAUCUCAGCAUCACCACCACCACCACCACCACGAAGACCAUCACACUCCAACCUCCCCUCAAUCGCAAUCACUACCCACAACCGGCACGUGCUGUAAGUGUGGCGGUCCCACAACCUUCGCACCACCACCAGUAUCACCAUCCUUCUCGGAAAUCUCACCACCGCCAACUUACCGUCCCAUCCGCGCUCCGGCGAUCCCACCGGACCCAAACUCACAACGUGCCAUCAUCCUCGCUCCGGUCCCACAAGCACAACACGUCCCCAUAGCUUCACCACCUCACCAUUUUCAAAUCCCAAUCAAACGUAUCCAAACCCCCGACGACAUUCGCCGAUUCCACGACUCUGAUUCAGGGAAAAACUUCCUCGGGUUUAUCGUCGCACUCUCCGAAUCAAUCCGCGGCCGGAAAAUCUCCGAUCCAUGCCACCAAUCCGAAACCACCAAUACCAUUGUUUCCAUCCUCGAAACCCUAACCCUAUGGAUCGACGAAAUUCCCCCAAUUCAACAAGCCGCACGAUACGGUAACAUCGCUUACCGAACCUGGCACGAACGCCUCGUGGAUUCCGGUUCCUCCCUCAUGUUCCGGUUUCUCCCGGAGAAUAUUCAUCCGGCGACCGUUGAACUCGUUCCGUAUUUCUCCGAUAGCUUCGGGAACUCAAGCCGAAUCGAUUAUGGAACCGGACAUGAAACGAAUUUCGCAGCGUGGCUUUAUUGCUUGGCAAGAUUGGGGGUGAUUGGAGAAGAGGAUUACCCAGCUGUAGUAAGUAGGGUUUUUGUGAAGUAUCUUGAAUUGAUGAGAAAGUUGCAAUUGGUUUAUUGUUUGGAACCUGCAGGUUCACAUGGUGUCUGGGGGCUUGAUGAUUACCACUUUUUACCCUUUAUAUUUGGGUCUUCACAGUUGAUUGAUCAUAAGUAUAUGAAGCCAAAAUCCAUUCACAACAAGGAUAUUUUGGAUAAUUUCUCUAAUGAGUAUCUUUACCUAGCCUGCAUUGGUUUUGUUAUGAAGGUGAAGAAGGGUCAUUUUGCUGAGCAUUCACCUAUGUUGGAUGAUAUUAGUGGGGUGCCUAAUUGGAAGAAGGUUAACAGUGGAUUGCUUAAGAUGUAUAAAGCUGAAGUCUUGGAGAAGGUUCCUAUUAUGCAGCAUUUUCUUUUUGGCUCCCUUAUUAAGUGGGAAUAGUGCUUUGAGUCACUUUGCUGAGGCGAAGCAUACCAGGUUGAUGAAAUCGAAUAUAGGAAGUUAUUAGAGUAUAUUAUAUAUAUAUAUAUAUAUAUAACAGUUAUAUCGUUGAUUUGAUAUGCUCACUUUGUUGAAGAACUUGUUCUCUGUAAAAGAUAAUGGAUAGAGUUUCUUCCUAUUGUUAUAUGAUGACCUAGGUAGUUAAUCCCAGCGAGAUCCCGCUGUCCCAGUGCGGUGCAGUGCCUGACCGCGACGGCGUAGUCCGCGACAGCGUGAAACAAGAUCCCAACGAGAUCCGGGUGAGAUCUCGCUAUUCCAGCAUAGUUAAUCCCAAUGUUUCCUAGCGAGAUUCCGCUAUUAUUUCUUUCUUCUCUGUUUUGUUGUUUCUACUUUCACUUAGGAAUUUCACCUAGGAAGAAGAGGAAGUAGAAUAUGCUAAUGAGGAUGAUGCUUAUCUUUGAUUUCUAUGCGAGAACAUGCAUUUGAGUUUUAAUAUUUAGUUAUUUUAUUACUCUGUGUUAAAGACUUCAAUAUGUAUCAUCUCUAUUUUCUUGACUUUUGUUGGUAUUUCAAUGUAUGUUUUGACUAAGAGUAAGACUUGUGGAUUCUUAUUACUAAUUAUGAAUGUUUCAGAA